AUGCAUCUGCCUCAUCCCAGCUCCCUCCUCCCGCCCAAGUUCACCCAUUGCCAGCCUCGCCCUGAUGUCCGAAACAUCUUGAUCACCGGCGGUGCUGGCUUCAUCGGCUCAUGGCUCGCAUACAUGUUCGCGAGCGUCUACCCAGACUCCUACAAAAUCAUCAUCUUCGACAAUCUCGAAUACUGCGCAUCCACCAAGAACCUAGCCUUCCUAGCCGAAUACAAGGACAGCGCCUCCUUCGUAAAGGGCGACAUCGCAUGCGAAGAGCAGGUAUUCUCAUGCCUGAAAACCCACAAAAUAGACACAAUCUUCCACCUAGCCGCGCAGACACACGUCGACGCAAGCUUCACGGACCCAUACGCCUUCACGCGAGCCAAUGUCCUCGGCACACAGACCCUACUCGAGGCAUGCAGCAAGGUCGGCACCGUCAAGCGGUUCUACCAUAUGUCGACCGACGAAGUAUACGGGGAGCUGAUGCCGUUUGCACGCAACCACGUCGAGUCGGAUCCCCUGGCCCCGACGAAUCCGUACUCGGCGACCAAGGCUGCGGCCGAGAUGCUGGUGCAGGCGUAUGCGAAGACAUAUAAGCUGCAGACGGUGAUCCUGCGGCCGAACAACAUAUUCGGCCCGUGUCAGUAUCCGGAAAAAAUCAUCCCCAAGUUCCUCAUGCUCCUCAAGCACGGCCAGAAAAUGACCCUGCACCGCGGAAGCGGGCUCUACUCGCGGUGCUACCUGUACGUCACGGACGCCGCCAACGCAAUGAACAUCAUAUUCCACCGCGGCGAGGAAGGCGGGAUCUACAACAUCAGCUCGAGGGACGAGAUUACGAACGCACGGGUCUGCGAGUCGUUGUUCAGCCUGGUGGGGAGACAGCGCGAUGGCUGCGUGUGGGAUUGGAUCCAGGAUGUGCCGGGCCGGUUAUCGCAUGAUCGGGCGUAUGGGGUGGACAGCUCGAGGCUGGAGAGUCUGGGGUGGAAGCAGGAGGUGGAGUUUGACAAGGGCUUGGGGGCCACGGCGAGCUGGUACAUGCGGUUUGGGGAGGAUUGGUGGACGGGACUUGGGGCGAAAGAUAUCUAA